CUGUAAUGAUAUUCUUGUAAAUAACAAUUAACAUCUUUCUCACGCGUGCAUUUGCAUUCAAGCUGUCAUUCACUUAUAACAAGACCGCUAACCUUUCAAUGGCUUUUGAAUUUUCACGACCCUGAUUGGUUCUUGAAACAAAAACCAUUUGACUUUGCUCGCCCUGUGGGCAGACUGAAAUGAAUUAGUUUCCGUUUAUUGUGCGGCGCGGAUCAUGAUUCGGCGCGUUGUCUCAUAAACUGCGAACUUAUUUAAAUUUUAACGGAAUACCGAGCGAGUGUAACCGACUCCAGGACAAAAGUGCUUCUCGUGGCGGGGCAAUUGAACUUUCUGAAACUUGUUUUUUUGAGUAAUCGAGCCUUUUUAAAGAGGCGUGCGUGAGAAAGUGCGUAAGCACAGUGUAAAAUUAACUCCAUUGCGCAAGCAGGAUGUCGGAUGAUGAUUCUCACGUAAUUUCGGAUGGAGCCUUCCCAAACGGUCUUUACUCUACUGCUAUCGAUGAUUUCUCUCCUGAUACAGAAAUUGCCAAGCUUCAAAAAGAGAAUGGCAGGAUAAAGGAAUAUUCAAGACGAAUCAGUGAAGAAAAUAUGAGUUCUCCAACACAUUACCAGAACGGUAACGGUGUGAAAGAACAGCUCUUAGAGGCGAUGAAAAACCGUGACAAUGCCGAACGAGAAAUCAAAGCCCUUAAAAUGCAGCUUAACAUGGCGGAGGAGACACGUGACAGUGCGCGAAGGGAUCUGAUGGACUCACAUCGGAAAAUGCGAGAGUGCGAGGAAGCUAAGGAGACUCAACGAAAAGAAAACUUGGCACUCAGGAGACAAAUCAAAGACGAACAAAUUGAAAAGGGUUCUCUUCAAAAAACUUGCGAUGAGCUGAGAGAGAAAGUGAAACAGACAGAGAGCGAGAGAGCUGAAACGAGGCGCGCCCUUGAUGAUCUUGAAAACAAGUUCCGAGUGUGCGACGACAGCCGCGCGAGCAUCACCGGCGAGGCAAACGAUCUUCGUAGCCGACUGAACGAGCUUGAAGCGGAGCGAGCCGAGAUCAGGCGAGAACUACAAGAGGCGUUGCGUCAGGUGAAGAUUCUGAGCAGCGAGUGCUUGCUCGGAAAAAGAGAAGUGUCUGAUCUACAAGAAAGGUUAGCACACGAGGAAGCUUUGCGAGAGGAGGCUCGGCACGAGGCGUACAACUUGAAGCAAAACAUACUGCAUGUUGAUAGCGAGAAGGAGGAAGCAAAGCAAAAUGCAGCUAAACUGCAACGGAGGAUCAAAGAAGUUGAAGACACGUUUGCCAGCCGCGAGAAAGACUAUCAAGCUCAAUUGGAAGAAUUCCAGCAAUUCGAGCAAAAGGCGAAAAACAAGAUACGAGAAAUGGAGAGCCUCUUGGAACAAACAACAUUCGACAGGGAAAAUUACAAAGCUCAAUUAUCUGGGAAUGAUGGAAGAAUCAGUGCUCUGGAAUCUCAAAUCGCUCGAAUUGAAGCUGCGAAGAACGAUUCCGAAUUUAAGCUGUCAAGCCUUUACUCAAUUCUUCGCCGAUCUCUAGGCUUACGAUCGCAGUCCCGACCUCCGACUCCAAACGAAGGUAGUCCGAAAAAAAACCGUCGCUCUUUCCGAGGACGAUCGCGAUCGAGUUCAGAAGACUCCUCGGACGACAUAGAUCCAGACGCUGUAAAAUCAUCUUUAUCAGAGCUGCUACAAAACGUGAAGGAAUCAGAAAGAAAGAAGGAGGAGAGUUUAGUGAAAGUGGACAGCUUACAGAGUGCUGUGGCUCAUUCGGAGGAAGAAAGAGCAGCGUUAGACGGAAAACUCCGAGACGUGCACCAGGAGAUGAAUGAGCUAAGAGAUCAGAAAAGAUUGUUAGAAGAGAGAUUGAACAGUACAGAAACUGCGCUCACUCUACAGGAAGAAGCGAUACAGAAAACUGAGCGAGAACGAAAUGGACUAGAUGAAAAACUACAAAUGCUAGAGAGUACUUUGAGCCUGUCAGAGAAUGAACGAAAGCAACAGCAAGAAAAGAUAAGGGAACUUCAGGAUACCGAGAAAAGAAUGAAAAGCGAAAAACACGCAUUGCGGACCCAACUGGAGGCUUCAUCGAGGGAAAUGACGAAGAAUGAGUUGAGGCUUAAAUCACUGGAUGGCGAAUUACAAAGGCAGAAACGAGUGCAAAAUGACAUGGACGCCGAAAACAAAGAGUUAAGAGAAAGGUUGAGCGGUGCGCUAAAGGUUAAUCAAGAAUUAGAAAACCAUAUCUCCAGUUUAAACCUCGCAAUACAGAAGCUUAACAGCGCUGUGUCAAAAGGCGAGGCGGAAGAAACAAGGCUUAAAGAAAAGAUCCAGGCACUUUCUGUUUCUUUGAGUGAAAGCAACAGCAGCUCACAUAAUUUACAAGAACACAUUAAUCAGCUUCAGCGUUCCCUGGAAAGCACAGAAGGUGACAAGCGAUUGCAACAAGAGAGAGUUGGAGCACUCAGGGAGACUGUCAAAGAUUGUAAGAACGAAAACCGCGCUUUGGCUGAAAAAGUCGAUUUCUUGGAGAAAACGAGAGAGGACGCUGAGCUUCGUAUUAAUGACUUUGAAAAUCAAGUCAAACACGUAAAAAGUCUCUUGAUUCAGCGACAAGAGCGCGAAGAUGAACUUCUGAAAAAACUGCAAGAUCUUGAAGAGGAAAGUAAUGCCCUUAAAAGCGAAAACACUUCUUUACACAAGAUGAAUUCCUCAUUUGAGGUCGAAAAGAGAGAUUUAGAAAAGAGCAAUUUGCGUAUUGGCAAAGAUGUCCAGGUGCUUAAAAAGACGCUGGAUAGACUACAGAGAGAACGAUUAGAGUUUGAAGAAUCAUUCUUCGAGUCAAAUCAAGAAAAAGAGGCUUUAAAUAGAACGCUUGGCGAGGCAGCAAAGGAAAACAUAGAGUUGAAGGAGAGAGUAGAUUCUUUACAAAGAGCACUUCAAGAAGCCCAAGCCAAGCACACUGAAAGCUUACUGGAGGUUACAGAGAAACAACAACAGGAUUUAGAAAAAGAGGCUAAGAGGUCACACUUGGCACUGGAAAAGACACAGAAGACAUCUGAGAAGCGAGAAAGAGCGUACAAGGCAAAGGUGGAGGCUCUAGAGAAACAGAUUGCUGUCCUCAAAAGAGAGCUUCAAACUGAGAGAGAAGAGAAGGCAAUGGAAUCUAAUAAGGUUGCAAUCAAAAGCGAUGAAAUAAGAGAGGUCCGACAGUCCUUAGGAAAGUCACUCCAAGCAGUUGAGGAGGACGCAAACAAUCUUCGGAGUAUGCUCGGAAAAUCACUUCGGAAGAUCGAUCGGUAUACGGAAGCUGUCCGACGAAACGAGAUACCACCUCCGUCAACUGACACAGACGGAUCAACGGUUGACGCACAUCCUCGUCAACAAAUCGAUCAAUCAUCGGAAGAGGCGAAGUAUCUCCGGUCAUCGAAGAGACGUACGAGGUCGGCCUCACACAUGAACUUGAAAGAGCGCAGCAAGACUCAUGGAGUGUCAUCUUCGAAUCGCACGCCCUCGUCGGAUGUCAUCGGGCAUAGCUCGAAAAUGGAUCACGAAGAUAUGACACUAGAAUUUGCACCCGAAAUUCAAUCCCCACUGAGAAGAUAUAGGAGAUCAAGGAAGUCUGCAAAUUGAUCAGCAGUGGAGAUUAACUUGCGAUCAGACGUUCUGUCUAGCGCGUGAACAAAACAAAAAAACAUAAAAACAGAACGCCUGAUCGCAUGAUAGUGUGGAUAUUGCAUUACCAUUAGAACUCGUAUAAAGGUACAAGCUUAUUUGUGCCCCCAGCCUGCCAAGAUGACGUUAAAAAGUGGGAGGCCAAAAAUAGAUAUUAGAGAUUCUCGUAAAUCAGGUCCGCGCGAAUAUUUAUUAGAGUAGAAUAAGUGUGAGCUGCACGAUUGAAGAGUGGAUAUCGCCUUGAUGAAACACAAAAUUCUCAAAACGUUUCAUUUAAUAAAUAAAUAGGAAUAGAUGGGCAGAAUAUAUAUGUCGAGUAUGGUUAACUUGGCAAAGCAAAUUUCAAGUUAUGUUGCUACACUAGUGUGUAAAUACUACAGGCAGUCAUAAGUCUUGUUUUUUUUUUCUUGUUCACAUACGUUGUAUUAUAUUUAAGAGUGUGACAGUCUGAAUAUUGCUCUUAUAUUGAUGGAUUAAAGAUGAGGUGAAAUAAUUAACGACGCAGCGCACCUUUUACAGAACUACGUAAUGUACUAGCCGUACGUUUAGGACUUUUUUUAUUACAUAAUCAGAUUUUUGUCGCAUAGGUUAUGAUAGGUUCUAUAAGACCUGUUAUCACCUCAGUAUCAAAAAUCUCAUAGUUAGUGACUUGGUAAUUAGUUUUGUGGAACUCAGGCCAAUUUUUCGACCAAUCAUGACUGCCUGACACAUGUCGCCCUAGGCUUCCACCCCUGCUAUCCGGCUUGGAUUGCGUCGAUAAGGUGUCUAUCCUCUCAAUUUGUGAUGGCUAGAUUCUGUCUUACAACUCGCUUUUAAACCAUUCUACUGUCUACAGACAGUCUUGAAGCGUAAGGCGCAAGAAAAACAAAGUACUUUAACAUAUCUUAUUUCCUUGCAAUGGCGCCCUUGUUAGUUUAUGCAUCAUUUAUGACCGCUUUGUAAGGGGAGGGGACGGGAGGGUUUUUACUCCGAUUUAAAUAUAUAUAGAAGUAACUGUUAUGAAAAGUACGCAUCUGAUCAAGCGUCCCUGCAUUGUAUAACGAGUGUAGUGUGCCUCAAUUAAACAUUAAACCAAUAAAGAGGAAUUCAUAUUUC